AUGCCGCCCACGCCCGGCCUCGUCGACGCCGUCAACACCAUCUCCGCAUUCCUCGCCCACCAGCAAAUCCGCACCGUCGACGAUCUCACAGCCCUUCUCACCGCACCACUGCCACCACAUGACGGUAGCACAACCGGCAACGACGCCGCUCUGCCAGUUCAUGUAAUUGUCCUUUGCGCCUCAUCCGUCAUCGCCACGGCGGAGUAUGCACUCAGAAUAAUAUCAGAGUAUGAGGAGAAGGCGGCGACUGCGACGACAUUGAGAGGGAGUCCCGCACGACUCGUGCUCGUCCUCUGCGGCGGUAUCGGCCACUCCACGACGCUCAUGCACGACGCCCUCGCGCGUCAUUCCCGGUACAGCUCCCUGGCGGGCGAGGGCGAGCUACGCGGCCAGCCUGAGGCCCGGAUGCUCGACGCCGUGAGGCAGCAAGUGCUUGGCCAUGGGCCUCACGGGCAGCAGAGACGAGCGACCUCGCAAAGCCCGCGCUUCGAGGUCCUGCUCGAAGACAAAUCCACCAACUGCGGCUCCAACGCCAUCGAGACGAAGAAACUCCUCGACGCGCACGGCAUCACCGCUCCGCGGACCCUGGUUGUUGCGCAGGACCCCACCAUGUGUAGACGCACCGUCGCGUCCUUUGCCAAAGUCUACGAGGACGACGCCGCGACGCCAGCACCGGAGAUCGUAGGCUGGCCGGCGUUUGUGCCUCGCGUAAGAGCUGCUACUACCACUGCGGCGCAUCCGCAAUUACCGUCGCAAUCACCACAGAGCGCGCGGCGGGAUGACGACUGCUUCGUCGCUGGACUGGUUUACGAAGAGCCAGAAGAGCUGGGGCCGGAUGCGCAACUGUGGCCGAUGGGGCGCUUUCUGGGGCUGGUGGCGGGCGAGGUGCCGCGACUGAGGGACGAUGCAGGCGGGUAUGGGCCGAAGGGGAGGGGGUUCAUCGCAAGUGUUGAUGUACCGGCGGAGGUGGAACGGUCGUGGGAGGUGCUGCGCUCGUGUAUCGAUGGGGUGGAUGGGCUGCGAUGA